AUGGUGAGAGAAGAGCGGGAGCAGGAAAAAGGGGAGCAACGAGCUUUGUUUGCGCAAUUCAAGCGGUCCGAUGAGGAAAGAAACCAACGGAUAGCCGAGAUGGAGGAACUACUGCGACAACAUCUGUCAGUAGCACCUUCCGUGGCUAGUGCUCCUUUAGACCCUGAUGCACCCCGAACGGUUCCUGUUGGCAAUGGCAAGAACCCCCAAAAUGCUGGCCCCCAAACAUCAGGGAACGGCAAGCAACCAGAAGGAGCUGGCCCAGUUGGAGGAAACGGAGGCAAGCAACCGGAGGAUGCCAGCCCAGUGCAGGGAAAUAGUGGCAGAAGACCGGUAGGAGCUGCUCCAGUAGGAGGGAAUGGUGGAAAUCUACCUCCCCGAAACCCACCAAGAGGAAACCUUGGGGGAGACCCAGAACCUUCCGACGAUGAUGAUGACGAUAACAGCGAAUGGUCGCAUGGUCGGAAGAAUUGGAGAAUGAACCGAGGCGGGAACCGGAAUUCGGCGCCGCCUGAAGACGAGGAUAUGGUAGAUUCGCUCGCCAAAAUACCCUUUGAGUUCGAUAAUGCCAGGAAGCAUAACCUGCGGCAUUGGCUCAUGGAGUGUGAGAUCUACUUCGAGCAGAAGCCAAAGAAGUUCCGAACGGACAGAAACAAGGUACUGUUCGCUGGAACAUAUACGUGUGGGUUGGCAAAGGAAUGGUUCAUGGAGUAUAUCGAGACCAAAAUGUUGGGCCCGGCCGGUGCAGACUACGUGUAA